AAAGGGACGAAGAACUUUUUCAUCCACAACGUUUCAAAUAAUUAACGAUAAGAGUACCAAAGGCAAAAACAAUAAAAGUAGGAGUGCAUACUUGGAUAUUGUUGGAGGGUUUCCUACUUAUAUGACAAAAUUCAUUUCAAUCCAAUAAUAAGAUCAAUGUCCAGGCUAAAUGAUCCCACCAAAACCACCCUCAAUCGGCAAACUAGCUUUCUCAAUAACAUUAGCAAAGCCUGCCAAUCUUUCUCUGCUAGCGGACGGAUGCAUAUCAAUGGCCCAGCUCAAACAAAUCCACUGCCAAAUGAUCACCACCUCCCGCAUUCAUGACACCUACGCCGCCAGCCGGUUACUAAACUUUUGUGCUCUGGCGGAUUCCGGGGAUCUCAAUUACGCUCUCAAACUCUUCAAGAGCACCCCAGAACCCAAUUCAUUCAUGUGGAACACAAUCAUAAGAGCUCAAGCCAGUAGCCCAAAUCCUCAAGAAGCUCUGCUUCUCUACAAUGAUAUGCGAAGGUUCGGUGUAACUCCUGGGAAACACACAUUCCCUUUUGCUCUCAAGGCUUGCUCUAAUCUAAUUUCUAUUAAAACUUGUAAACAAGUGCAUGCCCAUGUGUUGAAAUAUGGGCUGGAGUUAGAUUUGCAUAUUGUUAAUAGUUUGAUAAGAGGGUACUCAGUUUCGUUUGGCUUGGAGAAUGCACGGAAAGUGUUUGAUGAAGCUUCUGAGACGAACUUGACCAUUUGGACGACGAUGAUAUGUGGGUAUGCUCAGAAUGAUUUUGCUGAUGAAGCAAUAAAGCUGUUUGAUGAUAUGAUUUCUAACGGAUAUGAGCCUAAUGGAGUAACUUUAUCUUCAGUGUUAUCAGCUUGCGCUCAGUCAGGGCGUUUGGAUUUAGGAAAGAAAAUACAUGAGUAUAUGGAAGAGAGAGGGAUUGAAUUAGGAGUGAUUCUUGGGACUGCAUUGGUGAAUAUGUAUGCAAAGAAUGGAGCAAUCCCCGAAGCAAAACAGUGUUUUCAUAGUCUGAAAGAGAAAAAUAUUGCAACCUGGAAUGCAAUGAUUUGUGGGCUGGCUGUCCAUGGACAUGCGAAUGAAGCACUAGAAUUCUUUAAAACGCUAGACAAACAAAGAAUGAUGCCUAACGAUAUCACUCUUGUCGGAGUUCUAUCGGUGUGCUGCCAUGCUGGGAUGUUUGAUUAUGGUUACCGAAUCUUUUAUACAAUGAAGAAGGUUUAUGGUAUUGAUCCCAAGCUAGAGCAUUAUGGAUGCAUGGUUGACCUGCUUGGAAGAGCUGGGCGGCUGGUGGAGGCUGAAGAGCUGAUAAAGGGAAUGGUUCAGAAGGCUGAUGUGGUGAUUUGGGGAGCAUUGUUAAGUGCCUGUAAGAAGUAUGGAAAUAUUGAGGUUGCUGAACGAGUGGCAAAGGAAAUUAUUGUUUUGGAUCCUGAUUAUCACGGAGCAUAUGUUGUUUUGUCCAAUAUGUAUGCCGAGGCUGGAAGAUGGGAGGAUGUGUCACAAAGGAGGAAUGUGAUGAAAGAAGGGAGUUUGAAGAAGACACCGGGGUUGAGCUUGGUGGACGGUGGUAUGUGAUUUUGUAAUCUUGAACAGUCGUUGCACGUUUGAUGAGAUAUCAUAAAUUAGAUUGUAACCAUUUUGUCAAUUAUACUAUUUAGUGCUAAACAUCAAAUAUUUUUUAGAGAA